UACAACUCUCCAUUGUAGACGGCUCUUUACUAAUAUCUUAUUGUAGAAUGCCCUUUAUGUAGAAUGGUCUUAAAAAGUUUGAGAAUAGAGCAGCUCUUUUUACAAGUGUAGUGUGUACUGUUUAAAGGACAAAAUGGCUCGUUCACCAAUUAGCAUACUUCAAGAAUUUGUAGUUAAACAAGGUUAUAUACCUACAUAUGAUUUUUUUAUACAUAACAAUUACUUUGGUUGUAAAGUGACUUGUGGAGAUCUAAGUAUAGAUGGUGAAGGCAAAAGUAAAAAGGAGGCUAAAGUUAAUGCUGCAACAAACAUGCUAUUGAUGCUAACCAAGAAUACAAGUUUACAUACUACAAAUAAUUCUUUAUCUACAAUUGCACAAAGUGGGAAAUCAACAGAAUCAUAUGGCACAGUAUCUUCAGUAACACAGUCAAAUCAAGCAAUUAAAGAUAUAAAUAAUGAACAAAAUAUAUGUGAAAACAUCUAUGAGUACAAGUCAAUCUGUACAUUUAUUAAUUAUGUUGGACAAUUGCAAGAAUAUUGUGUGCAACAAUAUAAUACUACAGGUAAUAUUUCAUAUAAUGUCAUUGAUGAGAGUGGACCACCACACAUGAAGAUAUUUAUCAUAGAAGCGUGUUUUGGAUCAUCACAAGCACAAGGCUCAGGACAAACUAAAAAGACUGCCAAACAAGAAGCUGCAAGAAACUUGCUUCAACUUCUAAAAAAAGAAAGUUAUCCAAGACAAGUACAGGCUACAAAUGUGAAUUGUGCAAAUACUCUAAAUCAAGAAAAGCUAGAAUAUCAAAUACAAAAAUUAGGUGUAGCAAUAUCAGAAUGUACAAUUAGCAAGCCAUUACUCAAAGAAGCAGACAUACUGAAAAAAGCAAAAUCAUUGUAUCUUCAGACUACCAGUACAAACACAUCAAAGUUUUACUCUAAAGGUCUUAUAAAAGAUAGUCAUGCGUUAUUUGAGGAAACUUAUUCUAGUAGAAUUUCUUCUAGUUUAAGAGAAAAACUGCAAGUUAUACAUAAUAAAAGAGAUAAAAGUAUGAUAAAAGAGAACUCAUACAGUAUAAUACGAGAAGUUAAACAAGACAUUGAAAAUGAAUUUGGAGGUAAGGUACAACUAUUCGAUAUACCUAGUAAACAAGCAUACGUGAUAGGUUUACGUUUAUUGUCUAAACCCAAUAUUACACAACUUGGCAUGGGUGUAACUAAAACUGAAGCAGAGACUCGAGCAAUGUACAACUUGAUUGUAGUCAUCUUAACACUUCUGAAUUAAUUUUUUGAGAUGAUAGAUUGUCUCAGUUAUAAUUACGUUCCAACAAGUGUGCCGAGUUAAUCUUAAGAUAUAGCUUUCUUAUUUCAAAAUAAGAUAUUUUUUUCCAGAAAAUAAAGUAUAGCAAUGUAUUUUUCUUCAUAACAAUACCCAAAAUUGACGAUACUAGUUCGCGAGUCGCAAAAUAUGUAUUGUUUAAAAAAUAAAAAAUAGUAUAGUGACGUUAAAUUGCCGAUACAUAUGUACAUAACGUAACUUAAUAAGAAACUUUUAAACAACUAUAGGUCUGUUCUUUUUACCUGAACUAGUGUAGCUAGUUCAGAGUUUAGCUUUCUUCCAUUGUAGAGUGAAAAAGAUGAAAUCUGAACUAGUGCAGCCAGUUCAGAUAAAAAGAAUAGACCUGAUGUUUGUGUACACACAAGUGAGGCAAUUUGCAAAUAUAAUUGUUCUAUUACUAUGUAUUUUAAUUACAAGUUUAUUACUUUUA